CCUGAUUAAAGUGAUCAUAUAACAAAACACAAGCAAAAUCAUCCGCAUUUCUCCUCCCACUCCACCGCUUGCCCGAUCGCAGUCCGCCGCUCCUCGCCCUCUCGCUCUCCUCCCACAGUUCGCCGCCGGAUGUUGUUCUGAAGAGAUGGAAUCAGGGUCCAAAACCGAGGAAAAUGUUGGUUACAGCAGCAUCACUGCCAAGAAAGCCCAGCUACAGUCUAUGCUCUCUGCUCUUCUGGAUGAUCCGAUAUUGUUCGAUGUUCCUAAGAAACCUACACUUGCAGAUGUUGACACCUUAAUAAAUUUGGAGCUCGGCAGUGCAAUGAAAAUAUCUGUCACUAAGGUGGACAAUACCUCUUUUGAUGUCGCAGUUCUGAACUCUGCUACUGUCAAGGAUUUGAAAUUAGCAAUCAGGAAGAAAAUAAAUGAAAUAGAGCAAGCCAAAAUGGGUCAUCGCCACAUUUCAUGGAGGCAUGUCUGGGCAAAUUUUUGCCUUGCUCACCAUAAUGAGAAGCUCAUUGAUGACAAUUCUAUGCUCACUGAAUAUGGCAUACAUAACAAUUCUAAGGUUGUUAUCGAGGGAAAUUUGAUCAAAAAAAAAUAAAGGGUCAAAAGGCUAUACCAAAGACUGGAUAAAGGGAGAUAACGUCAACAGAACUAUGCAUGUCAAUGACUUGAUGAAGAUGCCAAAGACAACUGCAUAGAUGAAGGACCCUGUAGAGUUAGCAUCAGACUAUUUGAAAUACAAUAAAAUCUUAAACACAACGGAAAUAAACUGUAAUAGAGUAAUAAAUUCUUGUCAAAUGUUCUGUCGGAAAGUAAAAUGUUCAAUAAUGAAAUAGAGGUAGUGUCA